AUGAAGAACCCACGUUUUUCACACAUUGAGGCCAAACAAGAAAGGCCUUCUAAACAGCGGUGUAGACGCAAGUUGUCAUCGUUCGAAGAGUCGCCUGACGACGAGAUCUCUGACACAGAAGCAGCAGACUCUGCCGAAACAAGUAGUGAGCGAGAGGGCGACACGCCAAAUGGGCAAAUGAUUUCGGAGUCUGAUGAUAAUCUGCUGAGCGAAAUUGCUCAAGAGUUUGAUGGUGGCGAUGACACAGGGCCAAACAUAAGCGAGAAACUGACAUUGUCAACAAGCGUUGGGCUGAAAAGCUGGAUGAUUCAAAAUUUAAAUCCAAAUUGGAAAAAUACAAUAGACCAGCAAACUGCACUCGCCUCCUUGUCCCUAAG